AUGGGAGAGAUGGGUCAGCAUCACACCGGACAUGUCUCAAUCAAAGGCUAUGCCGAGACUGUCGGAAACUACGCGGAGAGGUCGCGAGAAGACCAACAGCAACAGGUCAUGUCGACUGGCUUCACUCCACAGACGCAGCCACCUCAGCCAACAUACGACGACUACAAUCUCUUCCUUGACGACUUUUCUUCUGCACCGCAUUUGUUGCCCCCUCAUUUUGAGCCGGACCAUCAGAUGGCUGUGUGGUCUCGCACACCGACGCAGAUGCACCCGAGAGGCAUUUCGAGACCGCCGUCUCAGUUUCCCUCUCGAUUUGCUUCCCUCGCUCCAGAUCUUCGCGAUGUUGGAGAGUCUGGCCCCCGAUUACAUGAAGACCCUGCAAGAGCGCCCUCUUUCCGCAUAUCGGCUGUUGACCACAACGUCAUCAAGAACCGGAUCGACGAGUAUUCCAGCGUUCUCCCGAGCGACUUCGUUUUCCCAUCCCGGCAUACCUUGACCAGAUUUCUUGAAGGCUAUAUCAGCGGGUUCCACGAGCACCUUCCUUUUCUUCACUUGCCAUCGCUGACGCCCUCGGAGUUGGCACCAGAGCUACUGCUUGCAAUCUUGGCUGUUGGCGCCCAGUAUCGCUUCGAGUUUAAUCGAGGAUAUGCUCUUUGGUACGCUGCCAAAGCCGUCGCUACAGAGCAGAUCCGGAGGCGGCAUAGCUCUGAGGUGCACGCUCUGCUGCCCACCGCAGCAUCGUACAGUCCACACUCUACGCGACCGUCGCCGAGCAUAAGUUACCGUCACUCUUUUGCAUCUGCUCAGUCCGAAAGACCGACGACACAGGACACACACCGUGAACCAUACUCCCCAAACACGCCACAAGCUCGGCUGGAGACUAUUCAAGCAGUGCUGCUCCUCUUCGCCGUCGGCCUUUGGGGUGCCAAGACGAUUUUACAGGACGCCCUGUCACUGCAGAGCACACUGGCGUUCUUGAUCCGUGAAGAGGGACUGAGCGUGGAGACCAGUCAGGCUGUGCUUACCGACUGGGACGCGUGGAUACGACUCGAGGGUGCCAACCGGACCAAGCUCAUUGCUUAUUGCUUCUUCAAUCUCUGCAGCACAGCGUACGACAUGCCGCCGCAACUUCUCACGUCCGAGCUGAACCUCUAUUUGCCUCUCCGGUCGCAGUUGUGGCGUGCCGAGACGUCAUGGCAGUGGCAAGAGCUGCGGCAGUCAACGCCCAUUGCCGAGAUCACUGUGCACGAGGCGUUUUCGCGUCUAUUUGGCCGGACAAGCCAGGGUCUCCCAGCGAAUCUCUCGGCUCUUGGCCACUACGUUUUAAUUCACGCUUUGAUUCAGCAUGUAUAUCUUCUGAAGCAGACAUCGUUUGCGGCUGGCUCGCCAUACGAUGUGCAGCGGACAUUGAAACCAGAGGACGUGGAAGAGGUGACUCAGGCUCUGCGGGUGUGGCAAACGAGCUUUGAGCACCGGCACCAACUGAAGGCGGCCGAAUCAGGCCACUACAUGAGCGCAGACUCGUUGACGGGCGGUUCACUGACUUUCAAUGCCACGGCAUUGCUGCGGCUGGCGUACAUCAGACUAAACACAGACAUCCCGCCAAGCCGGUCGCUGGAAACUCGAGACUCGAUGCUAAUUGCGUCUGCUCUAAGCACAACGCCGAUGCUGUUGCGAAGUCUGCGGCUACACCGGGCGGUGUUCCAGGCCGUCCACGCCUUGUCGAUGCUUGUCAAGGCUGGGGUGAACUACGUGGCGAGGGCAAAGUCGACCGAGUGGAGCAUACAGCAUUCCCUCUGCAACUUUGAGUGCGCAUUGCUGCUUGCCAAGUGGCUGCUCACUCUUGCCGCCAUAACGCCUUCAGACCCACCAGUGUCGCCAGAGGAAAGGAGUCUCUUGGAGACGGUCAGGCGGAUGCUGGAUGAGACAGAGUUCGCGGUGCCAAUCGAUCCAUCUCUGUCGGGGCCGGGUGCGAGUGGAGGACAAGGCGACAUGGCAAGCAGCGAUAGCGCCAAGCUGCGACAGCUGGCGAGUGCGGUAGUACGGCUCUGGGCGGAAACGUUCAAGGGAACUCACAUCUUCGACCUGGUGAAGGUCAUGGGUGCAAGCCUAGAUGGAUAUGCGGAUCUGGUUGACAAACCGCCGGGGAGGAGUUCGAUGGGCAGGAUCGCGUCAGAUGGGGGCGUGGCAUGA